ACAGACAGAUAUAGAGACCCACACACACACAGACAGACACACACACAGUAGCAAUGGCUCGAGAAAACGAAGAGAGUUGUGUUUCGUGGAAAAAACAGGCAGACGAUAUUAAGAAGGAUUUCGAGUUCAAGGAAAUUCUGGGGACGGGGGCCUUUUCCGAGGUGGUGAUGGCUGAGGAGAGGGCCACUGGGAGGACCUUUGCCAUUAAGUGUAUCCCGAAGAAGGCGUUGAAGGGCAAAGAGAGCAGCAUAGAGAACGAAAUCGCUGUCCUCAGGAGAAUAAAGCAUGAGAAUAUCGUUGCCCUGGAGGAUAUCUAUGAGAGCUCGAACCACUUGUACCUCGUGAUGCAACUGGUGUCGGGAGGGGAGCUGUUCGACCGGAUCGUGGAGAAGGGCUUCUACACUGAGAAGGACGCCAGCACUCUGAUCCGGCAGGUGUUGGACGCUGUACAGUAUCUCCACAAGAUGAGCAUCGUGCACCGAGACUUGAAGCCAGAAAACCUCUUGUACUUCAGUCCUGCCAAGGAGUCCAAGAUCAUGAUCAGUGACUUUGGGUUGUCCAAGAUGGAGGGAACGGGAGAUGUGAUGUCCACAGCCUGUGGGACUCCAGGUUACGUCGCCCCAGAGGUGCUUGCCCAGAAGCCGUACAGCAAAGCUGUCGAUUGCUGGUCCAUUGGAGUCAUCUCUUACAUAUUGUUAUGUGGCUAUCCUCCUUUCUACGACGAAAAUGACUCCAGACUAUUUGAGCAGAUAUUAAAGGCAGAGUAUGAGUUUGAUUCUCCGUACUGGGACGACAUCUCGGACUCGGCGAAAGAUUUUAUAAAACAUUUGAUGGAGAAGGACCCGAACAAGAGGUACACGUGUGAGCAGGCUUUAAGACAUCCGUGGAUUGCUGGAGACACAGCGCUGAACAAGAACAUUCACGAGUCGGUCAGCGCACAGAUCAGAAAGAACUUCGCCAAAAGCAAGUGGAGGCAAGCCUUCAACGCCACGGCGGUGGUUAGACACAUGAGGAGAUUACACCUGGGCAGCAGUCAGGAGGGAUCGAGCCUGAACACACCGUCCAGUCCUGCCCCCAGCAAUCCACUGCCAGAACUCACAUCCCGGAAAGACUCUGUGACGCCCUCCACGUCAUGCAGUCUUGCCUCCACGGUGUCCUCUCCGCCCGCGUUCUCGCCGGUCGGCUCGGAACUGGAGCCCAAGGUGACGACAGUCACUACAGUGGUCAGCGUGAGGAAAUGAUUAGCGGCGGAAAGACGCGGGAGGAGAUGUGUGACGGGAAUGAAGGAGGGAAAAGAAGGAGGGGGCGGGAGAGAGGGAGGAGGAGGAGGAGGAGGAAAGAUCCCAUCGUUCCCACACGUCCCACAAUGUUAAGUGAUCUCACCCUGCCAUGUGCACUGAAGCCCAGAGCCAUCCGAGGAAGGAAUGAAGGGAAGAAAGGAAGGAAGAUUUUAAAGGCCAUAUUUUAUACUGUACUCUACACUGUACAAUACAUGUAUCAUAAACUGCAUUGAAUCAUGUGCCGCUGUAUUUAACAGUGUCCGAUGCUGUCGAUAGCAAUGUCUUGUUUCCACCCC